AUGACAGAGUUCAGUAAAGGUAGUUUGGUUGAAAUCUUCCAGAAGGGCUAUAAAGGUGGACUAAAACCUUUGACGGUUCAAGUUUUGAAUUUGAAGGCAAUUCCCAACAAUACGGGCAAAAGGCUUCGACUCGCCCUUUGUGAUGGUUUGUAUAAUGCCAACGCUGUUAUUAGGCCUGAAUCGGUCGAAAAGGCCGAAGCUCAAGGAAUCAAGAAGGGAAGCAUUGUCCAAUUGCUCGAGUACAAAGCUUCAAUGAUAAGUCCUGUCAAACACGUCUUGAUCAUCGAUAAUCUUCAAGUUUUGGGAUUUCAAGAGGAGAAAAUCAACCCAUCCCCAACUAGUGUAGACCAAUAUUUCAGCAACCACUCUGGAGAAAGCAACGAAGACUUGUUGGGCACCUCAAUGAAUUCUCCAGCGCCUCAAGAGCCUGCGCAGAAAGCGCAAUCACAUCACCAAGAAGAUGCAAAGCCAAAACUGUCAGCACAGGUUACGUCCAAACCCCAACAGACCAAUUCAAGUACCGCUAAAUUUCCAAAUAUCCAUGCAAUUGAUCAACUAAACCCCUAUCAGAAUAAUUGGACCAUUAAGGCUCGGGUUUCUUAUAAAUCUGAUAUGAGAAAAUGGUCCAACCAGAGGGGUGAAGGUCAGCUCUUCAAUGUGAAUCUUUUAGAUGAAACUAAUGAAAUCAGAGCAACUGCUUUCAACGAUGUUGCAGAUAAAUAUUACGACCUCCUACAAGAGGGCAAGGUUUACUACAUCAGCAAAGCACGUAUUCAGCCAGCAAAACCUCAAUUUUCCAACCUUACCCAUACUUACGAAUUAGCUUUGGAUCGGGACACUCAGAUCAUCGAAGCAGAGGAUGCAUCUGAUGUCCCUUCUCUUCAUUUUAAUUUUGUUAAACUCAACAAGGUACAGGAUCUUGACGCAAAUGCCAUUAUUGACGUUAUUGGUGUCAUCAAAGUGGUGAAUCCUGCUUUCCAAAUCGUGGCCAAGUCAACCGGAAGACCAUUUGACAGGAGAGAUAUUGAAGUUGUAGAUAAUACUGGAUUUGCUAUAACUGUAGGGUUGUGGAAUAACACUGCUCUUGAGUUUGACAUUCCUGUUGGAUCAGUAGUUGCGUUUAAAGGUGCUAAAGUUCAAGAUUUUGGUGGCAGAAGUCUUUCAUUGACUCAAUCAGCUACCAUAAUCACUAAUCCAGACUCUCCAGAGGCUUAUCAGUUGAAAGCAUGGUAUGAUCAACAAGGUGGCUCCAAUCAGGAGUUUAAGUCCCUGAAAAACGAAGUAUCUUCCAACAGUGGUUUGAAUACGAAACAAGACAUUCAGUCCCGCAAAACCAUUUUGCAAGCUCAGUCUGAAGAACUCGGUAAGAAUGACAAGCCGGACUAUUUCUCCAUUAAAGCUUACAUCAGUUAUAUUAGGACAGAAAACUUUUCGUAUCCAGCUUGUGCAUCCGAGGGUUGCAAUAGAAAAGUCAUCCAACAGAGUGACGAUACUUGGAGGUGUGAAAAGUGUGAUGUCAACCACCCCAAACCGAACCAUCGUUAUAUAUUGACAUUGUCUGUGGUAGACCACACAGGACAACUAUGGGUCACAUUAUUUGACGACCAAGCACAACAGCUCUUGGGACAAUCAGCUGGUGAAUUGAUCGACUUGAAAGAGAAUGACAUGUCUGAAAAUAACCAUGCAUUCCAGCAAGUAUUCAACAGGAUACAAAUGAAGGAGUUUUCGUUCAGAGUAAAGGCAUCUCCGGAUUCUUACAAGGGUCAAACCCGUAUUCGGUAUAAUGCCGUGUCUCUGGCCAAACUGGAUUUCGCUUUGGAAGCAGAUGCAUUGGCAGAUUAUUUUGAGGGUGUCAAGGUUAAUUAA